UACAUUUUUAGUGCUCAAUUGCUUGUCAAAAUGAUUCAACAUUGCUACUUUCACUUGCGUAAUCGGAGUGGAUUUUGAUUGUUAUUUUUGGAAAAUGUAGUUUAAAUUAUUGAUCAGUAGCCAAUAUUUUUGAAAUUGGAUCGUUGUUUUUAUUUUGAAUUUCGAUUUUUUUGUUUGUUGAUUUCAAGUUGAUAAUGUUGUGCUACUUAAUUUAAAUUUCGAUAGUAUCGAGUUUUUGAAUCCGGAUGUGUUUUUUUUUACUUUUAGUAAUUUCCUAAUCCUCGAAGUUUUGAACAAAUUUUAAUUAAUUUGUUUCCAAUUUUGCUUAAUCAGGAAUUUUACGCCAUCACUAGAAGGCUAAUUUCAAUUAUUUAAAAAUAUUUGUUAAUUUUUUUUCCUGAGGUCUAAUUAAAUAAUGCAAGUAUUUUUAAUGGAGUAGGAACUAGAACUUAACUUUGAUUGGAUGUAUUGGAAGUUUCGAGGCAACUCUUUUGAGUCUUUUCAUAGAUCUUUAAUAUUUAGCUGGAUUUUUUUUUUCUUCAUAAUCUACUGUAAAUUUAAAACAAUUGUUUUAAUUUUUUUAUUUAGUAAAUUUAAUACUCAGAGCCGUACUCAAUGUUUAAUAAUCUUUCUUUAAUACUCCUUCCGUCUCAUAAUAUAGUGUCGUUUCUCAUUUUACUAGUCGGCAAAUGAUUCGCUGCUUCUAUUUUAACCCAAGAGAGAAUUAUAAAAUAAUUGCAUUUGAAACAUAAAUUUGGUAUUCCUAUGAACGAGUUUUACCGUGUUUGAAUGCAUUAUGAACAGGGUGUUACUCUGUUUGGAUGCUACUGAAUUAACCGAGGAAAGAUUAAAUUAAAAAAAAAAAAAAAAAAAAAAAAGAUAAGAAUAGAAUCCACCAUCAUAUUCUUUAAAUUUAAUGCCCUUGAAUGUUUUUGUCGUUUUUGGUCCCCCAAAAAUUAUAAUUUCGGUUGUUUAUUUAAUUUUAUUUAUUUAAUUUUCAUCUGAACUCAUAAUAAAUCGUAACAAGAAAAAUAAAAAGGAGAGAAAAAAAAUAGGAAAAGAGCAUAAAAUGUGGAUGACUUUAUAAUAAUAACUCUUGAACAGUUUAUAUUUGAUUUUUGUGCUUUAAAUUCCCAAGCAUCCGCCUUAAAUUUUGUUAUUGUUUCUGUUUGUUUGUGAUGAUAUAAAGGAAGCAUGCUUGUAGUUGUUACCACUGCUACUAGUAUGGUAGUUGAGUUCUCUUUUGCUACUUUACUCAAAUAGUGUAGUUCCUAAAAAAGAAAGCAAAAGAGGUCCUAAAUUGAAAAAAAAAAAAAAAAAAAAAAAAAAAAAAGACCGACGCUAUUCCCGUCUCUUAAAGUUUUUCCUAUUUUGAUGCGAUUAUUUGUUGCGAAACAAUCACCGUCGAAAAGUUGUGAGAUGCUGAAGUGGAAAUUCUUUUUUGGGUUUAUUUUGAUUUGGGUGGUAUGACAUGAGCUACAGUGUUGAUAUUAGUUGCUCAGUCCUUGAAAGGUCUAGGAUGGACCGUCGGGGUUGGCCAUGGAAGAAAAAGUCAUCCGAGAAGUCAGCUGCAGAGAAGGUCAUUGCUACUCUUGAUUCUGCAGGUGCCGCUUUGCCUUCUGGUGGAUCUCAGCCAGACAAGGGACAGGAGAAACAUGAUAAACACAAGAAGGCGAAUUAUGUUCAAAUUUCCAUAGAAUCGUACACUCAUUUGAGUGGACUGGAAAAUCAAGUGAAGACUUACGAAGAACAAGUAAAAGCAUAUGAAGAGCAAGUAAAAGCAUAUGAAGAGCAAGCACAAACAUAUGAAGAUCAGGUCAAAACAUUGGAGGAAGAAGUCAAUGAACUAAAUGAGAAGGUCUCAUCUGCUAAUUCGGAGAUAACCACCAAGGAAGAACUUGUCAAACAACAUGCAAAGGUGGCUGAGGAAGCAGUUUCAGGUUGGGAGAAGGCUGAAGCAGAAGCUUUGUCUUUGAAAAAUCAUCUUGAGUCUGUGACUCUGGAAAAAUUAACGGCUGAAGACAGGGCUGCUCACUUGGAUGGUGCUCUUAAAGAAUGCAUGAGGCAGAUAAGAAAUUUGAAGGAAGAGAAUGAACAAAAGCUCCAAGAACUUGGGAUAACAAAGAACAAGCAGUAUGAUAGAAUGAAGCAUGAGCUAGAAGCAAAGAUUGCUAGCAUGGAUCAAGAGCUCAUGAGAGCAGAAGCUGAGAGCAAUGCUCUUUCCAGGUCAUUGCAGGAGCGUUCUAACAUGCUUAUGAAAGUUAAUGAAGAAAAGUCAAAGGCUGAGGCAGAGAUUGAGCACUUGAAAAGCAAUGUUGAAUCCUGUGAAAGGGAGAUAAAUUCCUUAAAAUAUGAACUCCAUAUUGUUUCUAAGGAGCUAGAAAUCCGUAAUGAGGAAAGGAAUAUGAGUGUCAAGUCUGCAGAUGCAGCCAACAAGCAGCAAUUGGAAAGUGUGAAGAAAAUUACAAAGUUAGAAGCAGAGUGUCAAAGGUUACGUGGUCUUGUAAGGAAGAAGCUGCCAGGACCUGCUGCUUUGGCCCAAAUGAAGCUGGAAGUGGAAAGCCUGGGUAGAGACCAUGGAGAAAGUCGUCUGAGAAGGUCUCCUGCCAGACCUGCCAGCCCCCAGUAUUCAUCAAAUUCCCACAUGUCACCAGUGCCUGAAUAUUCCCUUGAUGGUUCGCAGAAAUUCCAGAAGGAGAAUGAGUAUCUCACCGAGCGCCUUUUGGCUAUGGAAGAAGAAACAAAGAUGCUUAAGGAGGCAUUGGCAAAACGUAACAGUGAAUUGCAAACUUCUAGGAGCAUUUGUGCCAAGACUGCUAGUAAACUUCAAAAUCUGGAAGCACAAGUACAAAUAUUCAAUCAACAAAAGGGCUUUGUAAAACCUGAUACUCAAGUUCAAGCUGAUCGGUCUUCUAGUCAGCAUGUUAGCAAUUCUCCAAGUAUGAUGUCCUUUUCUGAAGAUGGAAAUGAUGAUACAAUAAGUUGUGCUGAGUCAUGGGCUUCUGCGCUAAUCUCAGAGCUAUCUCAUAUUAAGGAUAACAGCAAGGAAAAGUCUAUGAAAACUGAAAAUGGGAAGCAUUUGGAGCUUAUGGAUGACUUUGAGGAAAUGGAGAAACUGGCUCUAUUAUCUGAUGACUCGAAUUGCUCCAUAUCUAUUACUAACAGCCCAGCCAAUAAAUCUGUAACUUCAAACAGUGUCGUCGCUGAUGUAAAUGGUACAAAUGCCCCAUCCAAAGCAGUGCCUGGAUCAAAUUCUGUGGCUAGUCCUGCUUUAGGAGAUUUGGCAUCAGGUUCCAAAGUUGAGACAGAAUCAUUGCCAUUGGUGAGCUUGCAAUCAAGAAUAUCGAAGGUUUUUGAAUCUGUCUCCAAUGAUUCUGAUGUUGUGAAAGUUCUGGAGGACAUUAAGCAUGCUGUACAAGAGGUGCAUGAGACCCUUAAUCCACACUCAAUUAAUUGUGUCUUUGAGGAGAAACAUUGCUCAGAAGGUGCUACCGAUCAGCAAGUUGUACCAGGGGAUGCUGUGGCUACUACAGAAAAGGAAAUUGAUUUGUCUGAAAAUGGUAGGCAAAAUGGCCAGAUUAAGAAGAUUAGUGAAGAAUUAGCAGCCGCCAUCUCUCAGAUUCACAAUUUUGUAUUAUUCCUGGAGAAGGAAUCUAGAGCAGUCAAUGGUCUGUGUGACGAUAAUGAUGCAUUAGGGCUUAAAGUUGAGCAGUUCUCUGCCUCCUUUAACAGUGUAAUGUGCAAUGAAAUUAGCCUGGAUGAUUUUGUUUUCUCCCUUUCUGAUUUCAUGGCUAAAGCUAGUGAGCUUAACUUUAGUGUCCUGGGAUACAAGGGCAACGAAACGGAAGUCAACAGUCCAGAUUGUAUAGACAAAAUUGCAUUGCCUGAAAAUAAGCCACCCCAAGGAGAAAGUUAUUCUAAUGGUUGUAGCCUAUCUGAUUCUUCUUCAAAUCCUGAGGUUCCUCAGGAUGCCAAUGUUAUGUCAGGCUUCGAGCCACAAACAUGUAAAUUCUCAGUAGAGGAAUUUGAACAGCUAAAAGCGGAGAAAGACAAUUUGGAGAGGGAAUAUUCCCAAUGCUCUCAAGAUCUGGAGACAACUAAAUCUCAGUUGCUGGAAAUGGAACAACAACUAGCCGGAGUUAAUUCAGAGCUGGCUUCUUCCCAGAACAUGAACAGCUUGGCUGAGACUCAGCUGAAGUGCAUGGCAGAAUCGUACAAGAUGCUUGAAAAACGUGCUGAAGAAUUGCAGAGUGAAGUCAGUAUCCUGAAAUCAAAAUUGGAAUCUCUGGAUAAUGAACUUGAGGCUGAAAAAGUGAGUCACCAAGAUGCUUUAGUCAGAUGCAAAGAUCUUGAAGAACAAUUACAAAGGAAUGAAGGAUGUUCUGUGUGUUCGUCCUCAGCUGCUGAUGCAGAUGACAGAAGCAAACAGGAAAAGGACCUGGCAGCUGCAGCAGAGAAGCUAGCAGAGUGUCAAGAAACCAUAUUCCUUCUUGGUAAGCAGCUAAAAACCUUACACCCUCAGUCAGAAUUCAUGGGUUCACCCAUAAGUGAGAGGAGUCAUAGAGAUGAAGGCUUUAAUGAAGAAGAACCAACAACGAGCGGGAUGAACCUGCAAGAUCUGGAUCACGUUGAGAUGGAUACUGCCACUUCCAAUAAUCUGCAAAGGCUAGGUUCUAGUUCACCUUCAGACCUCUACAAUGCACCAAUUAGUACAUCAGACACUGAAGGAAAUAGCUUGAAAUCGCCUGUAUCGAAAAAUGCCAGGCACCGGCCUACAAAGUCCGGAUCUUCUACUUCUUCCACUCCAACCCCUGAGAAGCAGUCACGUGGCUUUAGCAGAUUCUUUUCAUCAAAGGGGAAAAUAGGCAUUUAAUUAUUGAGCGUGCUGACAUAAGGAAGAGUUAUGACGGGACAAAAACCACCCUUGACCAUAAAAAUUUGGUUGUUGCCCAGGUUGUUAUGCUGUCUUACUCAUUAUAGUUACCUUGGAUUUUGUGAAGAAAUACUGAGGUUAGCAUGUUGAGUUCUUUGAAGUCGUAGUGACUGUCAAAGGUCAAAUUCUUACUAGGUUCCCCUGAUGUCAAAUAGAGUUUAGAAAAACAUACAGAGUACUUGUGAAGAUCAGCUGGUUAGUUCUCGGUUUACUUUUGAUGAUCAUAUUGAUGUUAAAUUUUGUAUGAAAUAUGGAUGUAUAUGAUGUUAACACCCUUCAAAAAUUUCAGUGUUGAUCGUAUUAUGUAUUCCCUUCCUUCCCGAAUAAAAGUCUAACCCGUUGUAGUGAGUUGUUGGUAAAGUUUCAAACUCUUGAAACUGUUAAAAAGUUGUAUUGAGGUGUUUGUCGUCGUGUUUUUGUAUGUUAACUUUGUGCAUAUAAAUACAGAUGGAAUUUUCAAGUAUUAA